GCAGCUCGCACUCCCGCAACCUCUACUCUUACAUUGCAUGGAAGCCUCUCUGCUGCAGCUGCUUUCAUCUUCUGCUCGUACGCUCUCGCUUUCUUGUGACUAGGUGCAUCGCCCCUCCACCCCCUCCCCCUGCUGCUGUCGGCUGGUAAUGCGUCAUGGCGGCCCUUCCCGUUAAAACAGAGAUCAAUCAGGAGUCCAAGUACGGCAGCACGCAGGACUCCAAGGGCAACAUCUUUGCCGCGCAGGACGUCGCCAACCUGGGCCGCGACGACGGCGAAGAAGGCACACUCUACGUCUGCGGCAACUGCACCGCCCAACUGUACUUCCGGCCCGACUCCCGCCUGCUGUGCCCAAACUGCUCACACAUCACCGGCGCCUCUACGGUGUUUUACAAGAUCCGCACGGAGUCCACCACGUACGACACCAUCUAA